ACAAGAUAGAUGUAACAUACAUGCAAAGCAUGUAUUUACAUAUGUUAGCAUUUGGGGGAAAUGGCGUCUCAGAAAACAAUAUACGUUCCAGUAUUUACAAACGUAGAUCGGGAUGUAUUUAUGCAAGAUAUUUAUCCAGAGCGUAAACCAGCCGUGCUGAGGGGUGUAUGUCUGGGGCCAUGUGUGGACAAAUGGACUGUUGAGUAUCUUGGAGAAAAGGGUGGAGAAAAGGAGGUGAAGAUUCAUGUUUCCACAGUUCCACAGAUGAACUUCUUGCAGAAAAACUUUGUGUACAGGACACUUCCAUUCAAUGAAUUUGUGAAAAGGACAUCUGAGAAGAAACACUCAGACUUCUUCCUGUGUGAGGAUGAGAGCUAUUACCUUCGAUCUUUGGGAGAAGACGUUCGAAAGGAACCUGCUGAUCUGAGUAAGCAGUUCCCUGAAUUAGCAGAGGACUUCCACGUCCCGCCUUUCUUUGACGCCGAUCAGUUUUUCUCCAGUGUCUUCCGCAUCAGCUCCUGUGGUCUUCAGCUGUGGACACACUACGACGUAAUGGAUAACCUUCUAGCUCAGGUGACAGGGAGGAAAAGAGUGGUUCUCUACAGCCCCCAGGAUGCAUUGCACCUUUAUUUGAAAGGUGACAAGUCAGAGGUGAUAGAAAUUGACUCGCCGGACCAAAAUGUGUUUCCUGACUUUGCAAAGGCAGUGCGAUACGAGUGUACGCUGGAGCCUGGAGAUCUGCUCUUCAUUCCUGCGCUGUGGUUCCAUAACACCCUUGCACUGGAAUUUGGCGUUGGCGUGAACGUGUUCUGGCGUCAGCUGUCUGUAGACCGCUACGACAAAAAGGACUCUUAUGGUAACAAAGACCCAGUGGCUGCAAGCAGAGCCCUGCAAGCUCUGGACCGAGCACUGCACCAUCUGGAUGAACUACCACCGGAGUACCGUGACUUUUAUGGACGUCGAAUGAUUCAGCAAAUACAGAAACAGACAUUCGUUGGCUGUCCAUCAAGCACAAACACAACAGCGAGCAGUCCAUCCAUCAAACCUGCAUGACAGUUUAUGUUGGAUUCAUGGCAUAGGAAGAAACUCUAAGGAAUGAAAUACUAACACCAGUAUUCUUUAAAGUACAUACAAGUCAUAUCGGAGUGGGGAUUCGCACCGGGGGACAGAAAUGUUUUUGGAAUUUCUAUUAUUUAUCUGUGCUGUACAGACUGAACUUGAAACUGAAACCAGCGAAAUGCAAUAAAAUGGAGAGCAGUGAAGCAUACAAGCAUAUUCAAGAAUAAAGCGUAUAUUUACGUAUACAAGCGUGUUCAAGAGUCAAAUGCUGAGUAGGACAAAUUCAUAUCACCUCGUACUUCGGUAUGAG